AUGCCAGAAUUUAAUCAGUUAGCCUCCAGCAAAGCCUUGGCCAUUCCCGAGAUCGUGGAAAUUAUUCUCUUGCACUCGGACAUGCGCACAGUUCUCAUAACACAGAGGACAUGCCAAACUUGGAAUAAUGCAAUUCGGGAGUUUCCCUCGAUUCAAAAACAUUUAUUCUUCAAGCCUAUUGGGGAAAUUGACGGCGAGAAAGUCCCCAAUCCACUCCUGUCGAAUGUCUUCUCUUCUUUUUUCCCUCAAGAACGGCCCGAACUGUUCUCCACCCAGUCCAUGGACAUCAUCCGCAAUCCCCAUAAGGCUGAAGCCUAUAUCCGGGAGGAAGCAAGUUGGCGACGAAUGCUUGUCCAACAACCACCCGCAAAUGGCCUGGCGCUACUUCAAGUACACACUAGAGACGUGGAUCAUCCAUUUGAGGGCUCCCGUUACAAAGUCCUGUCAAAUGAGAAAGAGCAGGACCUCGAUCUAACUGCGCAAAGAAAUGGCCUGAGAAUGGAGACAUUUUUCGAGUUGAUGAUGCUUGACGAGCGUGUUCAAUUCGAUCCCGGCGUCAGUGUGAUGCUUUUCUGGGGUCAAAGGGUCCAAGAUACGAUCUGGAUAUACGCAAAUGGCCUUCCAGUUGAACAUCUUCUUGGUCGCCAGUUGGGGACUUUUGACAUUCUGGUUAUCAUGCGCAAUCAUUUCCAUGGUGAUUACUGUGUUGAUACGGACGGGUUAACAAAUGAGGAGGAAAGGUAUCGAUCCGAUCAGAUAUUCUACUACUAUGGAAGUUUUAAUUCGAGGGUCAAACCAAGGGCAACGAAGCAAGUCAUGCAUCUUGAGUUUGAGCAAGAUGAAUUUCUGCCAGAUAUGUAG